AUGUUUUAGUUAGCUCACAACGUUGUAAAAGCCAAGCAUGGUUUUUUUAAUAUUAAACCAAGAAAUAAUGAGACAGAUGAUUAUUAAUAUGAUGAAGAUUAAAAUAAUCCUAGAACAUUUGAGAAACUGGCUAAAGAUGAAAAAAAUAAUAAAAAUAUUACAGAAGAUAAAUACUUUUUUAAUAAACUGAAUGACAUUUUUUAAAAAUUUCUUGGUCCAACAAUCAGAAGACAAUACAAUUAUUUUUUAUGCGAAAAAUUUAUUGAAGAAAGUAUAAUGAAAAGUCUCGAUAGUAUAGAUUAAGACGAGUUAGCAGAUUAUGCUAUCAAAAUUUUACGUAAGGACAGUGAUAAGCGUUUUUUUGAGGAAAUCCUUAUCUUAUAGAAAGUAACUGAAAAUGUUGAAGCCUUUAAACACAUUAGGGCUAUAAAAGGAAAAGAAGUUUUGUUUAAUUGUUUGAAAAAUCUAAAAUAUAAAUAUGGAAAAAUGGGAUCCUUUUUAUAGAGAUAAGAUGAACCUGUGAGAAGUUUGUUUAUAGUAAUUAAAGGACUUAUUCAGGUUAAAACAAUUACAAAUAAAGAAAGCAAUACACCAAGGAGGAAUAUGGUUGUAGGAGGUUUUUCGGCUUAAUAAUCAUCUGCUUAAAAUAAAGAUAAUCAAAUCAAGACAACUAAUUUUUAGUAAAAAUAAAAAUUGCCCUAACGCAGAUAAAGUAAGCUAUAGAAAAAAUUUAGUUUUUAGGAGUCUUUGGAAGAAUUAAAUUCAUAAAACAAAUUAAAGUUUUUAUAUCUAAACAGAGGCUAAAGCUAUGGAGAUAAAUAUAUUCUUGCAUAAGAUGAUGCCUUAGCCGAGAAUCAAGCUUACCUCUUUGAUAAUUGCCACCUUGCUUACUUAGAUAUUAUCAAGUUUAAGACCAUUUUAGAUGAGAGAGUUUUAUAAAAAUUGUAAAGAGAAAUUGCUGAAUUUAGUGAGAUGAAUGUCAUAAAUUAGCUUGAGCAAAAGUUUGUAGCUGCUUUGUAUGUUAGAACAAAAACCAUAAAUCUAAAGAGAAAAAAUGUGUUAACAAUCGAAAAUGAAAAUGCCGAAUUUGUAUAUUUCAUUAAGGAAGGAGAGGUCAAACUCACUAAAAAGCUAAUUUAUGAUAAUACUAAAAAUAAUAAGAUUGAAGAAAAGAAAGAGAGCUAAAAAAAUUAAAAUGUAAUAGCUGGUACAUAUCAGAUCCCUCACUAAACUGUACAAAAUUUCGAAUUAGCAAUCUUAGUUAAAGGAUAAUUUAUAGGCUUAGAAGAAUUCCUGAAAGAUUAACCAUAUCAAUCAUCUAGCUUUAUUUAUUCUACUGAAGCUACGUUAUACUAAAUACACCGUUAUGAAUUUUUGCAAUUACUCUCUAUAAAUAAACCUGUCAGAGAUUAAAUCACUGAAUACUUUGAAAAACAACAAGAGGUAGAUCAUAGAUAGGAAAGAGUAUCAAACUACAACCAAUACACAGGCAAAAUUGACACGAAGACUAAAUAGCUUGAGGAAUAGUUAGAGAAAUUAUAAUCUAAAAAAUCAGAUGAAGAAAUUAAAAAAAAAUUAUAAGAGGGAUAAGAUAUGAUAAUAAAAUCAAACAUUGCUCUUAACAUCAAACCUUAGACUUUAAAUACUAACCUUGAAUUUAUAAAGUAAUCAAUUUAACAAAAAGAUGCUAAAAUUCAAUUUAAAAAGAAAAAGAAAUAAGAAAUUUAUACAGGUUGCUAAUUUAGUGAAGAAUAGCUUGAAAAUAUGCAAAAAAAUAUUUUAUCUUCUACUAGAACUUUUAACAAGUUUCCUGUCUAAACAAUUGAUUCACCACUAAAGUUGAAUUCAACAUCAAAUAAAUUUGAAUUAUACUCUAAAUCAACUGCUAAUUUAAUGUAAACAUUACAUGCCCCACUUUAUAGCCCAAAUAAGCAAAAUAGUUUACAUAAAUUAGAGAAAAAAAGCACUUUGCUUGAAAUAAGUUCAACAAAUUUAAACAGUAUAAAGGAUAAAUACCCAUCUACAUUUACAAAUAUUGAUAAUGACUAAGAUAAUACUGAUCACUUAAAAUAAAAUAUCACUCUGACAGAAAGAGAUUCACUUUAAUUUAUUUCAAUCAAAACCCUUAAUAAAAAUAAUUAAAAUAAUAGAAAAAACAAACUAAAAUUAGAUCCUAUUAUUAUUAGCUAAUCAACCUAAGUUAGUUAAACUGACGAGAAAAAAAAUUUCGAUGAGCAUCUUAACAAUUCAAUGCAAUAACAUGAAAUAAGAUCUCCUUAGUCUAUUUUAGAAAUUAACUCUGAUGGAAUGUUUAAAAAAAGGUUAAAUGUGAAAUUAAAAUUACAAGCUUAAACUGAAAGAAAAAGUCUAGAUUACAUUCACUAAGAUAGCAGUAGAUAGAAAUCAUAUUUUAAUGAAUUUAAUAACCAUUCAACAUAAAAUAUGAAUUCUGUUGAUGCAUUUUAAAUUAAAAGUUUUACUUAAAUACUAAAUAUUAAUUAAACAAAUAGUAUUUCUCCAGAAAAUUUGAAUAAUUAAAUUUAUUAAGACUCUACAAUAAAUGGUUCUCAACAUAAUACAAAGAGUAUAUUAUCUCGUAAAAACUCAUAAGAAAUUUUAGAGCUCUACGGAAGCCCUCCAAAGACAUCUAAAUCAAAAAUAAAUUUUAACAGAAUCCAUUCUAGAUUAGAACUUGCAAGUACUUCUAACUUAAGUGAAAAAGAGAUUAUCCCUGCAAAAAGAAGUCAUUCAACUAAAAAUUAACUUCUACCCUUAAAAUAUAGAGUAAAAGACAUAGUAGAAUCUAAAGAUAAUUACUAAACUAUGUACAAAGAUAAUAUCAAAAGGACAAAACUUUACUAACAAACAAAGAACUUUUUUAAAGUUCAAUAAAAUCCCUACAUAGACAAUCACACUAUAUUUAAUCAUUGA